AAUUUUCAGCUUUGCAUGGCCAAGCUCACACCUUCAGAAACGACAAAAAAGGGAAAUACCAAUCGUACAUCGCCACGUGCCUUCUGCACCGCUCGCGUUUUGCUUAUAAAUCCGAGCGUCGGGGCGAACGGGUGGAGUAGGAAAGAAAGAGUGAGAGAGAGGGGGGGGAGAGAGGUUGAAAGCUGUUCUGCUUCCUACUCGGGCUGUGCUCUUUUCUUUCGGUGUAUACGCUUUGAUACCUUCCCUUUUCUGGUGAAAAUGUUUAUAGAGAGGUUCAAGGUCGAGAGCCCAAACGUAAAGUACUCCGACCAUGCCAUCGAGUCUCUUUACACCUACGAAACGACCGAGCUCAUUCACGAGAACAGGAACGGCUCAUAUGAAUGGGUUGUAAAACCAAAGACUGUCAAUUACGAGUUCAAGACUGAUACAUGUGUACCAAAACUAGGUGUAAUGCUUGUGGGCUGGGGUGGAAACAACGGUUCAACCCUUACUGCUGGAGUUAUUGCUAAUAGAGAAGGAAUCUCAUGGGCCACCAAAGAUAAAGUGCAACAGGCUAACUACUUCGGGUCCCUCACUCAAGCAUCUACUAUCCGAGUCGGGUCUUUUAAUGGGGAAGAGAUAUACGCUCCUUUCAAGAGCUUGCUCCCCAUGGUGAAUCCGGAUGAAAUUGUAUUUGGGGGUUGGGACAUAAGCGACAUGAACUUGGCUGAUUCCAUGACCAGGGCUAAGGUCCUGGACAUCGAUCUCCAAAAGCAGUUGAGGCCCUACAUGGAAUCCAUGGUUCCCUUGCCUGGAAUCUACAAUCCAGAUUUCAUUGCUGCGAAUCAAGGCUCGCGUGCGAACAAUGUGAUCAAAGGGACCAAAAAGGAACAAGUCCAACAAAUCAUAAAAGAUAUAAGGGAUUUCCAAGCUGCGACAAAGGUAGAUAAGGUGGUGGUGCUGUGGACAGCAAAUACAGAAAGAUACAGCGAUGUAAUUGUUGGCCUGAAUGAUACCAUGGAUAAUCUCUUGGCUUCUGUGGACAAGAACGAAGCUGAGAUUUCUCCUUCGACCUUGUAUGCUUUGGCAUGUAUAAUGGAGAACGUUCCUUUCAUUAAUGGAAGCCCACAGAACACCUUUGUUCCAGGGCUGAUUGAUUUGGCCAUCAAGAGGAAUAGUUUAAUCGGUGGAGAUGAUUUCAAGAGUGGACAGACCAAGAUGAAAUCGGUCUUAGUAGAUUUCUUAGUGGGUGCAGGUAUCAAGCCCACUUCUAUAGUUAGCUACAACCAUUUGGGCAACAACGAUGGGAUGAAUCUGUCAGCUCCCCAGACCUUCCGCUCUAAGGAAAUCUCAAAGAGCAACGUGGUCGAUGACAUGGUCUCUAGCAAUGGCAUUCUUUACGAGCCAGGGGAGCAUCCUGACCACGUGAUCGUCAUCAAGUACGUGCCAUACGUGGGUGAUAGCAAGAGGGCCAUGGACGAGUACACUUCAGAGAUCUUCAUGGGCGGCAGGAGCACGAUCGUGCUUCACAACACAUGCGAGGACUCGCUGCUCGCAGCUCCCAUUAUCUUGGACCUGGUCCUACUCGCGGAGCUCAGCACUAGAAUCCAGCUUAAGGCCGAGGGGGAGGCCAAGUUUCACUCUUUCCAUCCUGUGGCUACCAUUCUCAGUUACCUGACCAAGGCCCCACUUGUUCCACCAGGCACGCCAGUGGUGAAUGCUCUGUCGAAACAAAGGGCCAUGCUGGAAAAUAUACUGAGGGCUUGCAUUGGACUGGCCCCUGAAAAUAACAUGAUUUUGGAAUACAAGUGAAAGAAAGAUGGACCCUUCUCAACCUACUAGAGGGAGGAGAAGUCGAUGGGGAUACGUUUGUUAUCUUGUGUGCAGUUUCCAAGAACCUGGCCUCAAAUCUGCUCACGUGACGCACUGAGCGGUCUGCCCUGAAACUUUAUCUCUUGCCCAUGUAAUCUUCCGCUUUUGGCGCAUUUAACGCAGGCCCCCGUCUAUUGUAAUAGAGUGCGUUGAUUUCGUAGUAAUGCAAAUAUGGUCCGGUUUGGUUUGUUGUUUGCUGUU